UACAACAUGUUGGUUCAGUUUUGUCUACACAUCCCACACCACCACAUCCUUACGUAUGACACCAGCGACAUAUGUAACAAUUACAUAGAUGCCUACUGAUAUGCAAAUCAUUUUUUGUCUCUUCAGUCGGCUGUCUUGUGUUUGUAGAGUCACUACACUUGCCUGUGAUCAUCUAAAUAGAUUCUCCGUGAUGGACAAUUAAACACAGGAAAAAACAACAGCCAUUAAAAAGAUGAAGAGGAGAAGUAAAGCAAUAAUAGUCCUGUUAUUAUCUUUGUGCAGCAUAACAAUGACAGUUGCAGGUUGUGAACAUCUCCUCUGUUAUGUCGAUUACAUAGACACCUUGACAUGUAAAUAUAACAAUGGCAAAGAUGGAACCAGCGUCAAUUUAAAUUCAUCAGCUGUAGAUUGGACACUUGAAGAGGAAAAUGAGAACUGUGAACUGACUGCAUCAGGUGGCAAACAUGAGUACACCUGCACCAUUGAUAUGAAAGACUUCACUUUUGACACUGAAUGCACAAUUUUCAUAAAUGCAUCCAUCAAUGGAAAUGACAUUUUAAUUCAGAAUUGUGAACCAUUCAUCAUAGGAAAAAAAUUUAAACCACGGGCACCGCUCAAUCUCACCGUCUCUUUUUCUGAGAAUUACAAUUUUUCCUGGAGAACACUCUAUGACUCAGAUACAUAUAGAAGUAAUACGCUGGCCUAUGAAUUGAGCUAUAAGAAGUAUGCUGAAUCUUGGCUGAACCAAAAGACUGUCCAGGUUUACGAAGAUGAGAAAAGCUUGGUCCUCUUGCGAUCCCUAUUUGAAGAUGGUGAAAUGUAUGUUGCCAGGAUCCGGGCUCAACCAAAGACCUUAUAUGCUGGCCAUUGGGGUAGCUGGAGUACACCAGUGUCAUGGAGAACCCCAGCAGAUCUCAUCAGCACUGAAAACGCCUUGAAAAAAUGGCUCAUUAUAAUAAUGGUGCUGUGUUCUUUGAGUGUUGCAAUUAUUGUCGUUGCUUGCAAAUGGCCAAAGUGUCUAUGGAAGAAUGAGUGGGUAUUCAUACCCGACCCUGCAUCUUUCUUUAAGCCACUCUACAUGGUUCAUCACGGAGAUUUCAAGAGCUGGCUGGGUUCUUCUUACUACCAAGCAACACCUUUUGAUAGCAUGGCAUUCCCAGAAAUCUUUGAAGUCUACAGCCAAAGUUUGCUGAAGAAUGCAUCCAAGCAGGAUCUCAACAGCUUGGAAAAACAGAAGUUUUUACUUACCAAGCCAAGCCCAAGUAGAGACAACCAAAAGUGCAGGAAGUGUGACUGUAAUAAAGCAGUUCUAGACAAGGUCUCUGAAAACCUACCCAUGGGCACUCAGCCAUGUCCUCACUUCAACACCAGGGGGGAUGGUCUGGAAGCUGCCAUGGAUAAGAGUGGAGAUGACAGCUACCCUUGUGUUAACCUUGACAGCGACAGCAGCAAACUGUUGAACCCCAUGCUUGACCAGAUAUCAGAUUCUCAAGCUGCCACAAACUUUUCAGCUCACUCUAAUGUCCGUCUGCAUGAAGGUUUCCUGGGACCAAAUAUCAGUAUUCUGGACCUGGUUCCAGCUUCACCAGAAGGAUGGGAGUUUCAAGAUUCUCCAAGCCAUGAUGAUGAUGAAAAUGUUUUUUACAAUGACAAUUAUAAUGCAUUUUCUCCAGACUCAGGGGAUAGCGCUGAUUUUGGCUAUCCUAGGAUUUGCCUAGAUUUGGACACCAUUGACAGUGGUUUCUGUGAUUCUGAAUGUGGGAGCCCAGUUGACAGUGAUUUUGGAAACAAAGACACACUGCCAAAACCACUUAGCUCAGACACCAGAGAAGAAGAAACGUAUGAAAGAAAUUAUGUGAAACAGUGGGUGCCAAGUCAUUCUGUAUUAGCUGAAUCAAUAACAAAAAACCUAACAGAGUAAAGUACCUCAUCUGGGUCUUUAAAUACUUGUGUAUCUUUGGAUGGAAUGGUUUGAUCUAUGCAAACACUUUAUGGCAAACAGCCAAAGCCACUUUCUUUAAAGUUCCACCAGCAAAACAAUGGAAGGGUGGGAUUUGGUGACACUGAUAGUCAAGCUAAGGUCACAUUUCGAUAAAGCCUUUGGUCCCUUUCUCCCACAAUCCAUUUGGAAAUCGAAAUUGCUAAAUUGAAUAUGGAUAUUGGGAUUUUGGUCAGGACUUUUGAAUUCAUGAAAUUGUCAUCCAAAUUUGAGAAUCAACUCUACUCCCAACAGGGGACACAGACAACAAUUAAAGCCUAAUAGAGGCACUUACCCUUUUGCAAUUUAUUUAAAUCAAAAUAUUUCAGAUAUAGUUCCACUUUUAAGCUGAAAAUACAUUAAGCAUAAGCCCUCUCACUUCAAAUAUUUAAAAUCUAUAGGAUGGUCAGAGUAUUGGAUCAAUAAUAGCUACCUAUAACUAAUUUCUGGUGUUCCUGCCUUGAUGGCUAUUGUGUCAAGUCGGACAAGGUAGCCAGACUGGAGUUUGGGAAAAAGUGGAAAAAUAACAACAAUAAAACUGGAGUGCUUGCUAACAGUGAGCAACUCUAUUCCCUAAUUGAUUUUCCUAGGCAAUAAUAGAUAAUACCUCAUUGGUCACCAUGUGCAACAACUGUUCUUGCGUUCCUACGUUACUUCCUCCACUCUUUAUAAAAGGGCUAAUUAAGCCUAGUACAGUACACACUGCAGGCUGAACGAAAAAAAAACUGAGGGGCUCGGGAAGAAGGUCCUGUACAAACAAUCCUAUGUUAGUAUGGUGAUCGGCAGACCUUUUUUGGUCAUGCCCCUUUGACAGAAGCCACACAUUUUAACCAGCUUCUGUCGAACUGGCUGCUGUACACAUGGGCUAAAUAUCGUCCGUUUUCUAUUGAACUGCUCGAUAUUCCGUCUGUGUGUACAGCCCAUUAUUGUGGCUUACUUAUCAGUGGUGCUGACUGGUUGUUUUUGGAGUUGCAUGGAUACUUAUUCACAUCUAGGAAUACCAAUAGCAGCAUCUUCCCUAACAACUUAUUCAUGUUAGCAGGGCUGAUUUCAGGUAAGGCCUCACAGUAUAAACAGCCUUUGGUAAUCCUCAGAUUUCGUGAUGCCUUGCAGACAUUCAAGGCACCCAG